AUGCCAGCGGCGUCGGCGGCGUCGGCGGCGGCCGCCCGCGGUGUUUGCCUCGGACUCUGCGUCCUGUGGAUCGGCGUCUCGGCGCUCAGCGCAGCGCCGACUCGCGACGUGGAAGAGGCGGACGACGAGGAGGCGGCGGCGGCGGCGGCGGUGGUGGAGACGCGAGGAGACACUUUUGGAGACUCCUGGAGAGAUGGAGACGAGCGGCGAGACCGGGGCGGCGGCGGUGACUCGUUCCCGGAGGGAGCCAAGGGGAUCAGAGCCGAGAGAGAGUGGAUGAGGUCCAGGGAGGAGGAGAUCGAGAGGGAGAUGGGGCGCGAGAUGGAGUGGGAGAAGAAGGAGGAGGAGGAGGGGAAACGAGGGCGAGACACAGGGCCGGCGCCCGACACGGGGUGCGCAGAAGCACCGGCCGCACCGAAGAAAUCUGCGGCGGCGCCUCCAAAGAAAUCCGCGGCGCCGGCGCCUCCAAAGAAAUCCGCGGCAGCGCCUCCAAAGAAAUCCGCGGCGCCGGCGCCUCCGAAGAAAUCUCCGGCGCCUCCGAAGAAAUCCGCGGCAGCGCCUCCGAAGAAAUCCGCGGCGCCGGCGCCUCCGAAGAAAUCUGCGGCAGCCCCGGCAGUGGCGAAGAAACCCGCGCAGAAGAAGCGCAAGGGGCCGGAGGGGAAGGCGACCCGGAGCUGUCCUCCACUGGGCAUGGAGUCCAUGAAAGUGAAGGAUGAACAGCUGAUCGCCUCCAGCAGCCUUCGCUAUGGUCUGGGACCACACCGCUCCCGACUGAACAUCCAGUCCGGCAUCGAGGAUGGCGACGAGAGGGACGGCGCGUGGUGCGCCGGCGUCUACGACACGAGCCAGUGGCUGCAGCUGGACGCCCUCCACCUCACCCUCUUCACGGGCGUCAUCACGCAGGGCCGCAGCUCCAUAUGGACGUUAAACUGGGUCACGUCAUUCCGCGUCUUCUUCAGCAACGACACCGUAGGCUGGUUCCCCUACCGCACCAGGGACUACGACGUGUAUUUCCCAGGCAACAGAGACGCAGAGACGCCGGUGCUCACGACUUUCCCGGUAGCCGUGGCGGCCCGCUACCUCCGCAUCAACCCACAGAAUUGGUUCCACAACGGCAGCGUCUGCCUACGCUUGGAGGUUCUGGGCUGUCUCCUCGAGGACCCUUAUGAUGCUCGUGCUAUGGAUUUGGUCUCGUACGAUGAGCUGGACUUCACUCACCACGACUACAAGGGCAUGAGGAAGCUGAUGAGGGCUGUCAAUGAGCAAUGCCCUGACAUCACUCGCAUCUACAGCAUCGGCCAGAGCGUCCAACACCGCAAGCUCUAUGCCAUGGAGGUGUCCGACAACCCAGGCGUGCAUGAACCAGGCGAGCCGGAGUUCCGCUACGUGGGAGGGAUGCACGGUAACGAGGUGCUGGGCCGGGAGCUGCUGCUGAACCUCAUGGAGUUCCUGUGCCGUGAAUACCGCCAAGGGAACCGCAGGGUCCACUACCUCGUCAACAACACGCGGCUCCACCUGCUGCCCUCCAUGAAUCCCGACGGGCACGAGAGGGCCUUCCUCAAGGGCUCGGAGAUGGCGGGCUGGGCGUACGGGCGCUACAAUCAGCAGGGCAUCGACCUCAACCACAACUUCGCCGACCUCAACUCCCUGCUGUGGAAGGCGGAGGAGGAGGGCCUCGUGCCCCACGCCUUCCCCAACUCUCACGUGCCCGUGCCCGACUGGUACAACCACCCCAACGAGUCCAUGGUGGCCCCUGAGACACGGGCGGUGAUCGCGUGGAUGGAGAAGGUGCCCUUCGUGCUGGGGGCCAACCUGCACGGCGGCGAGCUCCUGGUCACCUUCCCGUACGACAUGGCCCGCGACUGGGCCCCCAGCGCCCUCACGCCCACGCCGGACGACGCCUUCUUCCGCUGGCUGGCCCUCGCCUUCUCCUCGGGCCACCGCGUCAUGGCCGACGAGUCCCAGCGGCCCUGCCACUCGGACGACUUCGGCACGCGCACCGUCAACGGCGCAGAGUGGCACACCGUGCCUGGCAGUAUGAACGACUUCAGCUACCUGCACACCAAUUGCUUUGAGAUCACCAUCGAGCUGAGCUGCGACAAGUUCCCCCAUGCAUCUCAGCUGCCCGGAGAGUGGGAGAACAAUAAGGAGCCCCUCAUGGUAUUCAUGGAGCAGGUCCACCGCGGGAUCAAGGGCUUUGUGCGUGAUGCCCUCACACAGCUCGGCAUCGCUGGGGCGCUCGUCUCGGUGGACAGCAUCAACCACGACAUCCGCACCGCCGGUGACGGUGACUACUGGCGGCUGCUGAAUCCCGGCGAGUACUUGGUGACGGCGUGGGCGCCGGGGUACGACCGCCGCUCGCGCUCCUGCAGGGUCACCUUCAGCCUGGGCGCCACCGCCUGCGACUUCGAGCUGCAGCCUCUCAUCAGCGGUACCGCCGGCGGGACCGGCAGGACCGGCGGGACCGGCAACACCUGUGGAACUGGUGGGACCGGCGAGACCGGCGAGACCGGCGAGACCGGCGAGACCGGCGAGACCGGCGAGACCGGCGAGACCGGCGAGACCGGCGAGACCGGCGAGACUGGCGAGACCGGCGAGACCGGCAACACCGUGCCCACAUACCCAUUCGGGUCGGUGGUGGCUGUGUAGGAUUCGGGGCGACGGUGGUGGCUCUGUUGGUGGUGAUAGCAGUGGUGGUGUAGAUUGUGGUGGUGG